GAAAGAAAGAAGCGAAAAAGUGAAGAACAGAGUCGAGAGAGCAUCCCAUCGCCCGUCACCCACGAUGGAGGAGGCAAAGAGAGCGCCCAAGCGCCGGCGGGUCGAGUGCAGGCUCAUCGAGAAGGAGAGCGCGCGCGAGGUCACUUUCUCCAAGCGCCACCAGGGCCUCUUCCGCAAGGCGGCCGAGCUCUCCCUCCUCUGCGGCGCGGACGUCGCCGUCAUCACCUACUCGCCCCACGGCAACCCCUUCGCCUUCGCCCACCCGUCCACCCCGGACGGCCUCGUCGACCGCUACCUCUCGGGCGACGUGACCAGAGACGACGCCGCUGCCGCCGCCGGAGAAGCGGCCGCGUACAGGAAGCGGUACGAGGAUUCCGUCGCGAAGCUCGAGGAGGCCAAGAGAGAGGCGGCGAGGACCGCGGCCGAGGCCGGGAAGCGCAAGUGGUGGCUGGACGAGGCGGUCGUGGACGGCAUGGAGGAGGAGGAGCUGGAGCAUUACGUGGCGUCGCUGGAGGCUUUGCAGGAGUUGAUCGCCGAUAGAGUCGGGCAGUGCGGUGAUUCGGGUUUCUACACCCGAUUGAUGGCGACGGACAUGGACAUAAGCAUGGACAUGGAUGCUGCGUUUCUCGCUGAACUGCAAUAUUCUUGUUAA